UUCAGCUCAACCUCACAGUCUGGCACCUAUGGAUCUGUUGAUUGCAUAAUUUGAUUGUCAAUCCAGAUCGAGAUGUGUCUCUCUGUUGUGCUACUCAUCCUGGUCAACCCCCUCCAUACAGCUGGGUCACCUACCUCGGUGUUCAGACAAACUGGAGGAUCCGUCACUCUGGAAUUUCACCAGCGGAGAGGAGAGACAGACAGUAUUAAGUGGGAGUAUGGUAAACGAUAUAUUAUGACCUACUCUCCUGAUAAGAGGCGUUUGAAGAUAUCCUUUCUUGAAGGCAGAGUCCAGUUCAACAAUGAAACCUUCUCUCUGGAGGUGAAGAAUCUGCAGAAGAAUGACAGUGGACUCUACAGCGGAGAGAUAAUAAGCACGUCUGAGGAGAACAUUCGGAUGGAGUACAAGCUCUCUGUUCUGGAUCCAGUGGAGGCUCCUGUCCAGUCUGUUGUCUCUAACUGGUCCAGCAGUGACUCCUGUAAUGUGAUGGUGACAUGUAGAGGUCGUGACCUCUCUCUGACCUCCACCUGUAACAGCAGCAUCUGCUCUCCAGAGGGAGGAGCCUCCGAUGACUCCACCCUCACCAUCUCUGUCAGAGAAGGUGUUGUCAUCUGUAACUAUAGCAACCCAGUCAGCUGGAAACAUGCUACAUUGGAAAUCAAACCUCUGUGUCCAAUUAAUUCAGAAACUCCCUUCGUAUCUAUGAUUGUGAUCUCCCUGGUAAUUGUCAUGAUUGCUGGCACUGCCGUUGCUGCUGGUGCUGCUAAGCAUGUGUAUGGACAAAGGAGUCGAGAUGGUGCAACAAGAACAGCAGCAGGUCCAACCCAAACAGAAUAUGCUGAGGUCACGCUGUCUUCAUCUCCAGGGUCCCCUGAUCCAGCGGCCUCCAUAUACACCACUGUGCUGGAUAGAGAGCCAACUGCAGCUGAGGAGAGUCCUUAUGAUGAGAUCUGUCUGCAAACCCUUGAUGUAGACAAAUCCUCUCGGAAUCCACCCAAAAACCCUAGCAGCAAUGGAGAAAGACUCAUUUGUCAGAACCUGCAGACUAAUGACAGUGGACUCUACAGAGGAAGGGUCAGUGCUGGGCAGACAGAAACGAAAGUUGAGCAUGCACGCUCUAUUCUGGCCUCCAGCACCUGCUGCAUGGAGGAUCCCCAUCAGCCAGACUCCAGCCUCUAUGCCACAGUGAAGAGGACCUGAGACCACGGCUGCAGAAUGAGGCCCCUAAUGCAGAUCACAUGUACAUCAUCUCCUGAAAGUGUGAUUGUGAUUAAAUGUAGGCCUAUAUGCAAAGCCAAAAAGCAAAAAAGAAUCUAUGGAUCUAUGUGUUUUUUUUUUUAUUUUUUUUUUUUUAGCUAUUCUCAAGCCAUAAAUUGCUUUACAUUUUGUAUCUACAGUAUUUGAGAGAAAGUGUCAUGUUCUGAACCAGGCAAGUGCAAAAUUCAGCAUUUUAGAAUUGGCCUCAAUUCAGUUAAUGAAUUGUAAUUUGAAUUCAAUUGGCUCCGCCCCACAGGAAGUUGAAUUUAAUUUGAAUGACAGAAGUAGAAUUCAAUUCAUAGCAACUCAAAGCAAUUCCACAGUCACAAAACAGACAAAAUGUGUUGAAUCUCACAUACUGUACAUUCAGAUUUGGGAGGAAAGAAUUUUGCACAAGCCUGAUGGUCUGAGCAGACUUACAGUGCCCUCCAAAAGUAUUAGAACACAUGC